GACAGCACUUCCAAUAAAAAAUUUUUUCUCCAUUUCACACCUGGUUUAUUGAUUGUCGAGAUGUCCUGAAACUGAACCUCAGCGCUUUUUAAAGAUGCGAAGCAGAAGCAGCAUAAAGGUACUCACACCUGAUGAGGGAGCCGGUGAGAAUCACGUCUGUUUUUAAAAAACACAUUUUGAACACAUAAACCAGCAAUGAGUGGAGCACCCAGCAUAAAGACAAAUACAUACAUAUGUCUUUAUGAAGACAGCGUCCUUCAGGUGAGAAGAGCAACACAGUUCUGCCACGUAAACCACAGAAUUAAAUGGACUCCUUUAGUUUUCAAACCGAAAUGAAGCGGUGGAACUAUUUGCAAAGUGGAAGGAAAACGAUUCACGAAUUUCCAACAAUUUUACAGACAAAAAUGUGAAAAGUUUGGCAUUCCUUUGUUCAUCAAUCUGAUUCUGAAUAAAAUGAAAGAACAGCAAGUAUAUUUGUCCCACUGAUCCCAUUUUAUGUAAUUUAAUCUGUCAAAAUGUAGGUGUUCUGGGGAGGCCUGGGACUGUGCACCACAUCCCUGCAGUGAAAAGUGGUGGCGGCGUCAUGCUGUGGGGAGGUCACAGUUCAGUUGUUGCUUCAGCGGUGGAAACAUACGACAGAUGGACUUGAUUUUUGUUAUCAAUUUUAUUUGAGUAGCACUCGGCAAAUAAGCAUGAUUGUGAAAACGAAGAAUAAACAUGACACUGCAGUGGCAAAAUAAAGAGAAGUGAUGGAAAAAAACAAAAAAAACUACUGUCCUUUGAAACUCAAGUUCUAGUGAAAACAUCUGGAUUAAACAUCUGCAGCAGGUCUAUUUUACAUCCAGCCUGACCAGAGCAAUGAGCUUCACUUCAUGUCUUCCGCUGCUGCAUGCAUGUUGCAUUUACAACUGCAUUAAAAUGCAACACAACAUGCUUGUACAGGUGUCACACAUCUGACCCGUUUCAGGGAGUUUUACUCCCAGUUGAUUCAUGACGGAAGGUGCAUGUCGAGGCAGGAAUCGGGAGCGCGCCUCGCUCGUUCUCGACGACACCAACAGCAGACCACCGCAGAACAUACAGAACCACCACCACCCCCGGCCUCCCCCCACCUGCGACCCACCUGCCGAGCCCCCGCCGUCCAGAGGGCGAUGGCGGACGAAGACGCGUUCGCGGCCGAGCAGCGGGCUUCUGACGGCGGCCUCGCGCUGCGCGACUACCGGCGGAAGACGCGGCUGUACUGCAUGAACGGCGGGUACCACCUCCAGAUCCUGGCCGACGGGACGGUGCGCGGCGAGCGGGAUGAGCGGGACGAUCACAUUGUGCUAAAGCUCAUAGCCGUGGACAGAGGCGUCGUCGUCAUCCGGGGAGUGGCGGCAGAGCGAUAUCUGGCCAUGAGCGGCGAAGGCCGUCUGUACGGCUCAUCCACAGUGACCGAUGAGUGCCACUUCCUGGAGAUCCUGGAGGAGAACUACUACAACACGUACAGGUCUCAGAAAUACCAGGACGCCAGCUGGUACGUCGGCCUGAAGAAGAACGGCAGAACCAAACUCGGCCCGAGAACCCACAUCGGACAGAAGGCCAUCUUCUUCAUCCCCAGGCAGCUGGAGGAUUCCUGGGAUUAGAGGGAUGUGAGGAAUGUCGAGCUCUGAUGCAUGAGAAGUUUACCUCUAGUUUUAUCUUCUGUAUAAAUGAAGCUGCAUCCUUCCUAUCAACUAACCCGUCCGAGCGACCUUCACUUAGCAGCUAUUUAACUCAGCUCAUCGAAACACAAUCCUGAUUUCACCACAAUUUGAAUAUUGGAUAAGGCCAAUUAUAAGUGGACUUUAAGAAGUGUUUUAUUUUGUCUGAGCAUAGAAGAGGAAGCAUACUAGUCUAAUAUGCUCAGAGGGAAGGAAGACUGCUGACUUGGCAAUUAUCCAGCAGAAAGUCUUAGACCCCCUCCACAAGGGCAUAAACUACAAAACAUACUUACAAAUUAAGCAGGCUGUUCGUUUUGGAGGAAAGUUAAGUGGAAGGAAAAAGUGUGGGAGAAAAAAAAAAAGAAGAAAAUUAGGAAUAACCAAAGCCUUUCAAGAGUGCAGAGAUACAGAAGAUGUGAGUCAGUGCCUCAAGAGCCAUCAGAACCGAGACAUAAAAGACAACCACAUCGGUCCUUAGCACCGCAGCACAUAAAAGAUCUGCUGUUGUUGCACCAACCUUCCAGCCCACUCAGGUCUUCUGGUUCUGGAUCCCCAGAAAACAUGAAUCUCUAAACACGGAGCUUCUAUGCACCAGAAAUCUAGAACAAACUUCCUGAAAAUUGUAAAACAGCCGAGUUCCUUUAAAUCUAGACUAGAAACCGACCUGUUCAGAGUUGCUUUUGCACCAUAAUUAGUGAAACACUAACCAACAUAAUCAAACAACACUUGGGAAAAAAAAUUACUGUUUCAAAUGUUGAUUUUUGUGUUUUUAUGAUGUAAAGCACGUUGAACUGCCUUAUUGCUGAAAUGUGCUGUAGAAGUAAAAUUUGAUUAAUUCUGUUGAGCAACUUCUGAAGCAGAAAAUGCUCUUUAUGAUAUUUUGAUUUACAACACAUGCAAGCUGAUAGUCAGAGCCUAUAGAAACUAAUACUUGAAUUUUAUCCAUGUGCAAUAAAUGUAUGAAACAUAUAAA